CCAAUAAAUGCAUAUAUACGCAAAUUAUACUCUGGCUUUUUAGCAGUAACAGAUAUAGAAAACGAAAUCCAAACUAAUUUAUAUAGUAGAGAAGACGAAAAACAAAAAAAAAGCAAUAAUUCAACGUAACAUAAAUUUCAUAACAAUUCAAUUGCCGAGUAAAUCAACAAAAUGUCACGUGAAAGUAAUGCAUCCCCACCUCAGUAUAUAGUAACCACACCCAGCGAAGUUGAUGCGGAAGAAGUUCGUUCCAUACAUGACUUAGACGAAAGUGGUGCAGAUGGUGGUACAUACGAUGCCGCCAGUCAACAUCAAAAGCUCAUCAGUCAAAUGACCAAACAAAUGGCCAGUCGUUCCUUUUCAAUGGCAUCGAGCAGCACAGGUGGCAUCAUUGUUACCACAGAUUCGGGUAGCGUUGACAAUGGCAAUAAUUCGACCACAACGACUGUCAGUACACAGCAACAACAACAACAAACACAACAAAUAAUACACUCACAAAAAACAAUUUCAACCAGCACACGCAGUCAAAGUUUGCAAUCCUCCUCAAUUGUCGGUGAUCAUUUGCUUAUGAGUGGCCUAUCAAGCGGCAAUGCAACACUCAAUACAUCACAACUGGCACAGCAAUUAAAAGCACAAUCGAGCACCUCCAUACUGACAAGUGAACAGCGCAGUUUCAUGCAGAAAACUUCGUCGACCACUUCAUCUUCGUCAACGAAAUCGAAGUUUCAAAGUUUUUUACAACAGCCCGAGGCUAGCGGUUUUCUUACGGCCCAUCAAAAGCAUGUACGCCAAUUUGUGCGCUCCACUUCAGCUCAUUCAGAGGCCGCGGCCGCUGUUGGCAACUCAUUGAGUGGCAGUGGGCGUGCUGACAAAUGCAUACGCAGCGCUUCAACACAAAUUGAAGAAACGGCUGAAGGCGAUAGCAGUGACGGUCUGCCACCGAUUUCAAGUUCCAAAUUGGGCUUGCAUCAGUCAUCGUCGAUUUUAAUUUCAAAAUCUGCCGAGACCAUCGAAAUGAAAACAUCAUCCGCCUCCUCUGGUAUACGCACGCAAUUAACGCUAUCCGGUGGCUUAUUGGCGCCACCAAAUCGCAAAAUAACAAUUUUAAGUCCCAUACAUGCUCCGCCCGGACUUCACGAUAUGCUCAAACGCAGCGGUAGGUCGCCGCUUUCGCCACGAAUUAGUUUUCCAGGAAGUGAAGCGGAUCUCUUUGGGUAA